GACCUCGGAGUGACCUUGCAUUUACUAAUUGGCUCGAAGCGCGAGGCUCUCACGGACGUACCAGCCGUUUAUUUCGUUUCACCAACAGACGAAAACGUGGAUUUGUUGUGUGAAGAUCUCAGGCAGGGAAUGUACGAUAGCUUCUACAUCAAUUUUAUCUCUCCGCUUUCUCGUGUCCGUCUCGAAAACUUGGCAUCUGCAGCUGUUCACGGUGGAUCUGAUGGGCAAGUGCAGAAGAUUGUGGACCAGUAUUUAAACUUCAUUUCACUUGAAGACGACCUCUUCGUCCUGCGUCGUUAUAGCGAAAAUAGCCCUAUGUCGUACUUUGCCAUUAAUGACCCCUCGACGUCGGAUGAUCAAAUGGCUGCAUUCAUUGAUUCUGUUGCGGAUGGCUUAUUCGCUGUGUGUGCAACUAUGGGUAUUGUGCCCAUAAUACGUUGUCCAAAAGAUAACGCUGCUGAACAUGUUGCGAAGCGUUUGGACCAAAAGCUUCGCGAUAAUCUCAGAGACGCACGCAAUAAUCUUUUCACCAUUGAAAGUGUUCGAGCUGGUCAACUAAAUGCCAGUCGUCCUCUGCUUAUCAUCGCUGACAGAUCUGCCGAUCUGGCAACAAUGUUGCAUCACACUUGGACAUAUCAAGCGCUGGUCCACGAUGUUUUGGAACUGGAUCAAAAUCGAGUAACAGUCUCAGAGAAGUCUGGCAAGAAAAAGGAGUAUGACAUGUCCAGUGGCGGAACGGAUAAACUGUGGACAAAACACAAAGGCAGUGCUUUCCCAUUGGUUGCCGAGGCAGUUCAGGAAGAUUUGGAAGCUUAUCGAAACAGUGAGGACGAAAUCAAGCGACUUAAACAUGCG